AUGUCACAAAAUCCAGUAAUUGAAGUAAUUCGUAAAUUACAAGAACCCAUGCCACAAUAUGUGUUGGGUCUCAUUCCUGUAAUCGUAACAUUGGGAACAGCUCCAUUUGAAUCCUUGCUAUAUAAACUAGCCUGGAUUUUCGAAUGCAUUUCCGCACCUUUCAUAGGUCUGUUUUACUACUUGGUCAUAGGAGUUGACCCAGUGGAAAUGUGUAUAUAUUGGCUCCCAGAAGACUCUUUUGUUACAACAAAAGAGAAAAUACUUGACUUUCGACCAGUCGGUAUGCACGUCAAAGACGUGCUGAUUACUUCGGAGCAAAAACAAAUUCUUAAAAACUGCACAGCAAAUGCAUCUGUGUUGGAUCGUUUGUCCUCGUUGGCAUCUGGAUAUUAUAUCAUAGUUGGAAUAGUUUUAGGCAUUUCCACUAUGGCGGGACAAUGUAAUCAAGGCAAUUGGCCCUUUUUAACUUGGUCCUUUCUUUGGACUAUUCCGGUGAUUGUUAGGAGAACAUUUGUAACAGGGAUCAUUGUAGUCAAGGAUCCUAAAAUAGAGUUAAAGGGUCACUUAAUAAGGGUGUUAGAAGAAAAUGAAGACAUAGAGGCUAUAAAAAAUGAAUUCGUUGAACGGGGUGAAAAACCCAUACCAAAACAAUUUAACAAACGUUACAAAAGAUUAAUGUUUAUAAUUACUACAUUAUCCUCGGUAAUAUUACCAUGGAUAUCAGUAGGCAUUGCCUACUUCAAUCCUCCAAUUGGAUUUUUUUGUAGAUCCAAAUUUCUUACAGCAUUCAUCACUUUUGCUUCUGCUGGUGGUGCUGAUCAAUGA